GAUUUUCUUUUACAACCAAAACAACAACAACAUUUUCUGUGUUCAGUGCAAGAUUUUCUCUGAAAUUUAGUGUAAAAUUUGUGGAAAUUCGUGGAUUUUCCAGCUCAAAGGGUUCAACUUAUGUGUUGGAAGAUUGUAGCGUUGUGGAGUAAAACUAGUGUCAGUGAAUUUGCUCAAAAUUCAGUGAAAACAGACUUGUUUAUGGAUUUGGUGAUAGCUAACGGGUUCAAGAGGAUUAUGUUUACGUUGUGUUCCCGAUUCGAUUGAGUAACUUUUCGGAAUAAACUCUUUCGAUUUAAACUGCCGCAAUUUAUGUGGUGGAGGUAAUCUAGCCGUGUCCGUGGAUGGUUGAUCAUCGGAAAAGAUAAGCGGGAACCAUUUCGAAACACUGGAACAUCCAAAGUAGUCACGGUGGCUUCCGCUUCCGAUGAGACGGUCCUUCAAGUGGUCUCCCUGCAGAAUGGCCACGGCACGACGACGGCAACCGUGCUGGAUAUGGACUUUUGCCGGCUUUGCUUAGGAGGAGACGGAACGCAGUUGAUAAGUGUAUUCAGCGAAGAGUUUAACGAGCCCGGGAAGGAAUCGCUGUGCGGGAAGAUCCAUCGAUUCUUUGAAGUUCAGAUUUGUGAAAGUGACGUCCUCCCGACGCACAUUUGCCAGCAGUGUCUACUGCAGACCGAGAGUUGCGCAGAGUUUCGUGAAACCUGCAUCCGUAACGACGAGAAAUUGAGACAGCUGGUGUUUGUUCAGGAAAGUGUCAUGGAGCCGGAAAUGCCGAUGCCAAUGGCCGAGACUGGCAUUAUUUUUAAAAAGGAAGAAUUAAUUCUGGAAGAUGAUUACGCUGAUGAAGAAAAGGAAGAGGAAGAGGAAUCUGCGGAGACCAUCGUUGUGGAUCCGACGAAAGAUUACGAAAGUUCGAAUCAAAGCCUUCAGGAGUUGUUCUCGGAUGAAGAGGACAACGAUGAUGGGGGCAAUCAAGACGAUACUAAUGACGAAAGCUUAAAAAUAGCUACAAACAAUGAGUCCUCUGAAGACAUGGAUGACAGUAAGUUGAAGAAACUGGUCCACAUGUGCAAGUAUUGUGACGUGGCGUUCGCCAUGUCCAACGCCUGUUACGUCCAUGAAACACAGGAUCAUGACCUGUUGGCGCCAUACGCUUGCCAGUUUUGCGAAUUCAAGACAGAAAUCCGAUUACUUUUGAUAACGCACAUUCGGGACAUUCAUGGGAUUGAUCGUCCCUAUAUCUGUAUUCAGUGCAAUAAAGGAUUCCAUCGGAGGUCGGAUCUCAAGAAGCACACGUUUGUACACAGUGGAGUGCGCCCGUUUGCUUGUCACGUGUGUGGGAAGAGUUUUUCGAGGAAUACGAAUUUGACGAAACAUCUGAGAAUUCACUCGGGGUUCAAGCCGCACAUUUGCAACGUUUGUCCGAGAUCUUUCGCCAACAAAGCCGAUUUGGUCCGCCAUCAGAACAUCCACUUAUCCCUGGGGAAGCAGUUCCCGUGCAGCAAGUGCAAUAAUACCUACGCCCGGAAGGACAAGCUACUCAGCCACGAGCGGCUCUGCUAUGCCAAGGCUAUUCAGGAACAGUAUCAGACGCAACGCUCGAUGACUCAUGUGAUUGCAGCGUCCAUCCCGCACGGAUCGUCCGGUGGUAUUCAGGGCGAGUUUGACGGGGAAAGUAUGGUCAUUGCAUUGGAUCCAUAUCAGGAAAUUGAACAGCCGCCCACGGAAGAUGAUCCGGGAGUUCCAAAUGCUGCUCCAAUUUCGGCCAUUUCCAACUUUUCGAACGUGAUUCCUUUGACCAGCGAUUUCCAAGCACAUCCUUCUAUGCUUCAAACCAAGCUCUUCGCGUGUCAGAAAUGUCCGAAGAAAUUUCUCACGAAAAACACCCUCCAUACCCAUCAGCUGACUCACUCGGAUGUUCGCAACUUUCGGUGCCACUCCUGCGAGAAGAAGUUCAUCCGAAAGCGCGAAUUGGACCGCCAUCUGACGGCCGUUCAUAGCAACCACAAACCGUUCGAGUGCAAAAUGUGUUUAAAGCGAUUUUCCCGGAAGGACAAACUGCUCCGGCACGAACGGGUCCACCGGGAUAAGUAUUACUCGUGCGAGGCCUGCGAUGCCAAGUUUUUGCGCAAGGAAGCGCUGAGCCUGCAUUCGAAAAUUCACUGUAUGGCGUCGGAACGCCCGGAUGAUCAGGAGCCGCCACCGGAGAUGAUCAUCAUGAUUGACCAGGGGCAACACGCAGACCUUCGGUUGAUGGCCGGAGACAUGACGUAUACGAACGAGGACGUGGCGAUGGAAGCACUGGCCCCAACGGCCACAUUUCUGUAAGUUGAGUGGGAGCGUUUCUGCGUAACGUGUCGAUAAGGGUAGUUUGAGGAGUAGAUGCUUAGAUUCAACGUGUGUUUGCUACUAAUUUAUGAACUGCCAACUGUGGUUGUAGAGUUUUUCGGAGAAGUACGAAGGUUUAUCAUGGUCGGUUUGUUACGAUAUACUGUAACUAUAGAAUUCUUUGUUUAACCUGUUUCGAUCGUUACUGAAGGUAGAAACAAUAUUAGUUUUUCCUGGUUAAAAUCAGACUAUCGUGAUUAUCAAACUUCUAAUUUUCAGUCAUUGUAUCACUGUCAAAUACUUAACUGUCUUGAAUUGUAACACCCCAUUUUUUUCACAUGGGUUUAAAUUAUUUAUUGUUUUAUUAUUAUAAAUAGUGACGUGCCUAUUUUUACAGAUAACGCUGAUUGUAAUAUUUUUUACGUUUUCAUAUAUAACGUAGAUACGGACCGUUGAGCCGAUGAAAAUUUGGCAGAAAAAUCCGUCUUACUGACUAAGUGUGGGUUUUUUGGCACCAGUUCUUCAACCAUUUUCAGAAUAGCUUCUUUUCUUUCUAGAACGAAAACAAUAUACGACACUUUUAAUGGCUCUUUAGGAAAUACAUAUAAUCUUUUGUGUUGCGUAUUUCCCAUACUGCUUUCUAAAUUCGCAGUAUCUUCUACAUCUAUAUCGACACAAAUUGAUGAUUAACCGCAGGUUCAAUUAUAAAAGCUGCGGCAAUGUGGGCAUUUCCUCAAUGAGAUUUUUUUUAUUGUCAGAUAAUGUAGCAAACACGCGCACGAUUUUUUUUCUAGAAACUCAAAUAGAAUUUCAAAUUAUUAUAUUUUCUUUAAACGAUAAUCAUUGAAAAAAAAUCUGUAUAAUCUAUCGUACAUAAAACGUAAGGUUUAUCGACCGUCUCCCUUUUAUAUAUAAAACAUAGUAUUUAUUAUUGUAAUAUUGCGUAUAAUUCAAAGCAAUCGUAAUUUGAAGCAGUAACGAUUUUUUAUAUUCUAAUUCAUUUGGUCUCAUGUAUCGUCAUCGAUGUCGUAAUAGUACAUAAAUUAUAUUCGAUACUGAAUAAGUAAGAUUUUGAGCUGUAAACAAUAA